AUCUAGCCUGGGCAACAAAGUGAGACUCUGUCUCAAAAAAAGAAGUUACUUACAGCAUAGAUCUUGAUAGUUUUUUUCUUACAUAUGUUAAAGGGGAAUUUUUGAUACUAUGUUUCCAUUUCCUGUUUUUCAGAAAAUGCCCCUCAAAUUCCAGUGGCUGCUCCACAGGUCUCUCCAAACACAGUGAAACGUCCUGGACCUCGGCUGUUACUAAUUCCAGUGCAGCAGAGUUCUCCUACUCUUAGAGCUGUCCCAAACACACAACUUCAGGGACAUCGGAUGAUCUUGCAGCCUGUUAGGAGUCCAAGUGGAAUGAACCUAUUUAGGCACCCCAAUGGGCAAAUUGUCCAGCUCCUACCUUUGCAUCAGCUUAGAGGCUCAAAUACCCAGCCCAAUUUACAGCCUGUCAUGUUUCGGAACCCAGGGUCUGUGGUGGGAAUCCGGUUACCUGCUCCUUCCAAACCUUCUGAGACUCCACCAUCUUCCACUUCAUCCUCUGCUUUUUCUGUCGUGAAUCCUGUAAUUCAGGCUGUUGGUUCUUCAGCAGUGAAUGUUAUCACUCAGGCACCAUCACUGCUCUCCUCUGGACCUAGUUUUGUGUCUCAGGCUGGCACAUUGACCCUGAGGAUUUCUCCUCCUGAACCGCAAAGCUUUGCAAGUAAAACAGGCUCUGAAACCAAAAUAACUUAUAGCUCAGGAGGACAGCCUGUUGGUACAGCCAGUCUUAUUCCUCUCCAGUCUGGUAGUUUUGCUUUGCUUCAGCUCCCAGGACAAAAGCCUGUUCCUAGCUCCAUUCUUCAACAUGUUGCUUCCCUUCAGAUGAAGAGAGAAUCCCAGAAUGCAGAUCAGAAAGAUGAAACAAAGUCUAUAAAAAGAGAGCAGGAAACUAAGAAGGCUCUGCAUUCAGAAGGAGAAGCUGUAGACCCUGAGGCUAAUAUAAUAAGGCAAAACUCAGGAGCUAUUGUCUCAGAAGAAACCCUAAAUGAUUCCUUGGAACAUGGGGGAGAUCAUUUGGAUGAAGAAUGCCUUACAGAAAUUGUUUCUUCAACUGUCAAACCUACUGAACACUCUUGUAUCACUGGGUCACAUACAGGUGAAGACGAUAAAGACAUUAAUGAAGAGUGUGGGACUAGGAAUCAUACUAGUUCAAAGGAAAAAAUGACCAUUCUUGAAGUUAGGACCAUUUCUGAAAAAGCCAGUAAUAAGACAGUCCAAAAUGUAAGUAAAGUACAGCUUCAAAAACUUGGUGAGGUGAAGGUGGAACAGGAAAAAGGAUUAGGUAAUCCAGAGGAAAAAUCAAAUGAAUUUUUAGUCAUCUCUAAGGAAAGAAGUAAACUCAGAUUAUCAGGGAGCAAAGUUGUGGAGCAGCAAUCUAAUCCACAGCCUGAAGCAAAGGAGAAGGGAUGUGGAGACUCUCUGGAGAAGCACAGCAUUAGGGAGAGAUGGAGAAAACAUCUGAAGGGCCCCUUGACACGGAAAUCUGUUAGAACUUCACAGGAAUGUAAGAAAGAGGCAGAUGAGCAGUUAAUUAAAGAAACAAAGACAUGUCAAGAAAAUUCAGAUGUGUUUCAAGAACAAGGCAUCUCUGACUUACUGGGAAAAAGUGGAAUUAUUGAGAAUGCCAGAGUUCUAAAAAUGGAAUGUGAUUCUUGGAGUAGGAUUUCUAAUCCUCCAGCCUUUUCCAUUGUUCCUAGAAGAAGCUACAAAGCGCAGCAGAGGGAAUGGACAUUUUCAG